AUGACCUUUUUCUACGCUGCAGCUGCCGGAUGCUCAUUUCUUGCAUUUAGUUACCUAUUGUUGAGAACUAGGGGGCUACGUUUUGCCGCCAUGUCUGUUGGAGUGGGUAGUGCUAUUGGAGCUCUGUUGGUGUACUUAAACAAUAAACAGACACACUCUUUUAUUGCUGUACGAAAAUCGAGCAGUUUGUUAUUUUCCCCAGGGAAUUUCAAGGCAAUAUAUCAGCGGAUAUAUGAACAUUUGAACGACCAAUACGAAGAACGCGGCCAAUUGGAGGCAGGUGAAGAAAUUCUCACUGUGAAGCCGAAUGUUUUCGCUCAGAAUGGCGUUAUCGACUUUGACGGUGUGCGCAAAAUGUGGACAUCUCACAUUGUACCUCAGCUCCGCCGCUGUGUAACGGGAGAUCACCUUGCAAAUACAACUGAUAAUUCAGUAGUUUCUAUUGAGGAAAGCGCUGUUUUUUGUGAUAUAGGUAGUGGCGUUGGAAAUGUGUGCCUUCAGUUACUGGCUGAGACCAACUGCAGGAAGGUUGUAGGCGUUGAAGUUAUACCCUCCCGACAUCGCGCUGCGACAACGGCUUUUGCUAAGGCCCUGUCAUAUUUUCCAGAGAACUUUUCCGGCAAGCAGGCUAUCUUUAUACAAGAUGACUUUGUCAAUUGUGCGCGGAGAAUGGUUGAAGAAAAUGUCAAUGUUAUAUUCACCCACUCGUGGAUGUUUGAUGACGAGUUGAUGAAGAGGUUGACGGAGCUCGUGGUGUCUUUGCCUGCUUUGUUGUGUGUGGUAACAUCUCGCCCCUUGCAUGAAAAUCUUUUGGUUGGGAGCCAAAUGAAGCUUGUAUCUUAUGUUCACCUGACAGCCGACUGGAACGAUGAGGCACCGUUUUUUAUCUACAGAAAAAUUACUUGA